CUCAAGUUGAUUCUCUUAUUUGAGGCAACGUGUGAUGAUCUUAUAGUCGCACUUCCGCUCCAGCGGAAGUGCGACCAGUGAAAGAGAGAAAGUGAAAGAGAGAAAGUUUACAAAAUAUUAAAAUGAAAAAAAGUUUCUUCUACUAGCGAGGUGCUUCCGCACCCUAGCGUGCGGAUGGGAGACCAGUGAAAUAAAAGCUCCACCAGGAGAAAAAGUUUUCUCUCCGAGCAGCUGCUGCUACAAGGAGCUUGCUCAUUAACUAAUGUAAGCCAUGCACGUUAUUCACUACUACUAAUAUCAACUUAAAUGCAACGUGCAAUUUGCAAAGAAAAUAUUCACAUUUGAGAGGAGAUUAUUUUAAAAAUAAAUACUUGCAAAAGUGUGUGUGUGUGUGUGUGUGUGUUUGUGUGAUGAAGGGUCAUACAGGAUGGAGAUUGAUAUCAAUAAAUUGUAACAACAGCACCAAAGAUAGGAUGAUAAAUGAAGGUUUUAUUUUCUGGUAAGUGUGUAGGUUACAUGAAAUAUAUGUACAUAUGAAAAUACGCAUGUUUCAUUGCAAAAUAUUUGCAAAAUUAAGCUUGGUAUGCUUAGUUCAUUAAUUAUUUUAGAUUUUAGUUAUGAUUUUCAUUAUUAUUUUUUCUUUCUUUUCAAGUUACAUAUUCCGUCUUACUGCAACAUUGUGUCUUACAGCGGAAAGUGAAAGUAACUCGACCAAGAGAGAAAAGUUUCUUCCACUAGUAGCUCCAACAAGGAGCUCGCCCACCAACUAAUGCAAGCAUGUUCUUCAGGUACAGUUCAAUAUAGGAGACAUUUUAUGUAACAAAUAUUAACAUUUUUGAGGACAUUUAUUUCAGUUAUUAAAUUAAAUAUUUGGAUUAAGUUUGUGCGUGUGUUUUAUUUAUUGAAUCAAGGGUCGUGCAGGAAGGAUGGUGAAAUUUUAACAUUAGCUGCGAAGAUAUUUAAGUUUAAGUAAAUUUUACUUAGUUUAUAUUGAAUAUAGUAAAAAUUGCUCGUUUUUAUUUUCCAGAGGAGCCAUAUCCUUUGGCUCCACGCCGAGAAGCAACAGGUGCUGUGGUGGUAAUAAUUUCAUCAAACGUAGACUUCUUCAACGGUCCAUUAUGGAGUUUUAUAAUCAAGAACUGAGCAACACGAUCCCCAAGUUCAACUUGAUAUGGAAGUUUCCCAUGGUUGAUUAGCAUAACCCCCAAAGUUCCUUCAAAAUCUUCAUCGACCACGCCCCCCAUGACGUCAAUUUUAUGCCGCAACGCUAACCCAGACCUUGGUUUAAUCAAACCAACAUGGCCCAACGUACAAAUCAUAACCAGCAGAUUGAGGGUGCAACUUUGUUGGAAAUUUACUUUCAAAGGUCUUCCUAAUAAAGUGGACCGUUCUAUAGUCGUCUAGAAGGAAAUCAACUACUACAUUCAAUCCAUAUAAUGAGGAGAUACCAUCAAAACGGGAUACCAAAAAUUGUAAGUGUUAUAGGCAAGAAGUGAAAAAACUGUGUAUGUCCCAUUAUAUAAUCGUUAUUUGAAAUAAUUAUAAGAUCUUCCGAAUUUUUAUAGACGCCCUGAUUAGAAUCUACUUCCUCUGACCAACCAACUUGUUCAGCUUAAGAGAGGGUAUUGCAAGCUGCAACCAACGAUUGAAAAUAUUUAAACGACAGGUUUGCCCCUGUGGUUUGAUUCUUUCUGAUGCAGACAUAAGCCUGCCCAUUUUUUCUCCAAGUUUGGAGUUUUAGCCAAAACCCCUGACCUAGCUGGCCCUCCCAAUGGACAAUAUUUUGUCCACUAGGAUCGUCACUCCUUUCCCCUUCGGGAGCAAAAUUAAGCGAAAUAGGACCUUUGUAAGAUGAUGAAGGCACAUAUGCUUCUCCGGAGCUGAUGAUGAUGAGCUUGCAGGAGGAAUCGUAGUACGAGCAACAGGAACAAGCGCCGUUGAAGGAGCAGGAACAGCAGAAGGCGGAACACUCUUGACUCGACCUCUCUUCUCCGCUGGGGACUUUUCUGCAAUUAAUAGAAAUAAAAAUUUAAAGCUUAUGAUUACAACAAAUUUCCCUAUUAACAUUUUAAAAUAAUUAUUGACAUCUUACCCUUUUCAGCCAUCUUCCUCUUGUUAGCGGCGGCAGCAGCCCUGACUGUCUUCUCUUCAGGACCAGUGUAGAACAAGCUUAACGGGUUUCGACGAUCGGCAUCUAGCUCCUUCUUGGAAGCAGCGUCAACCUUCUUCGCAUCAGCUGCAUUCUCCCUUGCUUCCCGUCGUCGUUUCUGCUCCGUUCUUUGCGCUUUGACUUAGGCACUGCAUACAAAUCAUCCACGAGGAACAAAAUCAGGAUCCUCCUCUGGCUCAGACGGAGAAUCCUCGUCCUCUUCGUCUUCAUCCUCCUCCUCAUCAGUGAAAGGUCCGCUUGGUUCCUCCUCAUCAUCGUCUACGACGAAUCCAGCGUCAAAGACUUCAGGUUGUCGAUGGUGAGAAAGAAGAAAAGCUCGUGCGUUGUCAGACUCUCGACUUCCUGGCUUAGCCUCCUCUAAGAUUUUUCGUGCUCUUGCCACUGCGUUUAUCCCUGCUAAAAUUUACGUAAAUAUUGGAAUUUAUUUAAGAUUUCAGGAAAACUUACCCUGAGACAUUUUGGAAUUUUUAAAGUUUUUAUUUCUUCUUUGGAAAUCCUUUGCACGUAAUGUUGAAACAUUGACUACCUUGCUCAUUAUUUUGCCAAUUGUUUUUAUAGUCUUAGUAAUUUACAAAAAAAAAUUCCAAAAUAAGUACAUACCGUAAAAAUGUAAUAACUCCCUAGGGGUUACUAAUUCAAUUAUUUACAAAAUACGGUUAAUAGUGGUAAGUGGUAAUUAAUAUUUUUUACAGUAUUGGAGUUGAAGUGAUGGUAUGUUUUAUUAUAUGUAAACACAUUCCUGGUAUUAAGAUAAUGACGUCACGCCGAGAUAUAAAAAAAGAUGUUGUUAUACAUAUUUUCUCACAAGCAUUUUUUAGAAUACACACUUCUUGACUUUGAUUUUGGAAAUUUUGUGUAUGAGUACUUCAUUCGGAGCAACCUAAUAAUAGUUGAGAGAUUUACAUCACAAAGAAAAUGGCUCCUCGUAUUAAGACGACAACAUUCCAAUGCUUGAAAUGUUUUAGGAGAUUCUUAAAUCGUCAGCAUUUUGCGUCACAUUUACUAAGGCACCGAGAUGAAAACAAGAGAAAAUUGUGUCAAUAUUGUACCAUGUCAUUCAGGUCGUCUAAAUUGUUAGAAGUACAUAUGAAUACUUAUCAUAGAUGUGAAUAUUGUGACUUCUCAGCCAACAUUUUUGAUCUUAUAGAGCACAAUGAAGCUCAUAAAAGAGGAGUUAUAAAAUCCAUGAAAUUUGAUCAAAGAGGAAGAGGGCUACGACUGAAUGCUUUCCCUUUCUCUGAAAUUGAAGCCUUUCAAGGCUUUAUGAAAACUUACAGAUUUAGAAAUACACAUGAGGAUAAUAAUAUUAUUUCUGUUAGAGAUUUUUUUAAUAGAUUAAAGUUUAAAAUUAAUCAGAUUCUAUUUCACAAUGUUUCAAUUUAUAAUAGCAUUAAGUUUCAAAUAACGCUUUUGUGUAAAUUUAAACGUAUUCAUCCAAGCGUGGAUGAAGAAGAGGUAGAAUUCAUGGAAACAACAGAACAAUAUUUUAAUUCUUCUCUUAAAAUUAUCCUCAGUCCCCUCUACAUUAAUAGAAUCUUUUGUGACAUGGUUAAUGAAAUCGAUAAUAAUGUGGAAAUCUUCGAACGAAAUGGCAGUGGUUGGAUAUUAGAUGAAGUGAAAGGCUGUGAUAUACGAACAGCUCAGUUUGAAAUAUUAAAGGGUGGAUGUUCGUUAAAGUUUCCAACAUCGUUGAAAGAUAUCAUAGCAUUCGAAAAGCGGCACAAACAUAUUAAAAUUGGUAUUAAUGUGUUUGGUAUUGAUCAAGAAGAGCAGCUUAACGUUAUACGCCUAACAGCUCAUGCAAAUAGCAGAACGCAUAAAAUCGUAAACAUUCUAUACAUUCAGGAUGCUUUUAAGCAACAUGGGCAUUACAUGUCUAUCCUGAAUUUUUCUCGCCUAAUCAACAGACAGGGAAACAGGGAAACAUCAUCGAAAAUUUGUUUGCUACAAUUGUUUGAAUACUUUCGGAGAUGAAAAGCGUCUUGAUUCACAUCAGCAGUUGUGUUUUGAGUUUAAAACUCAAAAGGUUUCUGUUCCUUCAGUCGUUGAUGGAAAAAUUCCAUUCUGCUCUUUUGAGAGUAAAAAACUUAGUAAUAAACUAAAGUGUAACUUUGUAAUGUAUGGAGAUUUUGAAGCAAUGCUCACAGACGAUAAUACCAGUACGACCUCAAUAGAUAAACACAAAAUUUCAGGAUAUAAUCUUGCAGUAAUUGGCCCAAAUAAGAAACUGGUUCAUAUAUCGAAAUAUCGUGGUCCAAAUAGCAUUGACAAAUUUAUAGAUGAAGUGAAUCUACAAGCUAGCUUUUGCAUACAAAGGAACAAAAUCCAUAUCGCUAUGAAACAACUUUCUCUAGAGGAAGAAUAUGAUUUUUCUAUGGCAGAUUCCUGCCACAUUUGUGAGCAUGAUUUUGAUCACCAAUCUAUAAAAGUUCCAGAUCAUGAUCACAAUACUGGAUUAUUUAGAGGAGCUGCUCAUAGAGAAUGUAAUGCUUCGUAUAUUCAAAAAGUCAAAAUCCCUGUACUUAUGCAUAAUUUUAGAAAUUAUGACUCUCACCUGCUGUUAAGUUCAGCAACGAAAUUUGGUUCUGGGAAUACGUUCGUUAUCCCUCAACUCAGAAAAAUUUAUAGGCAUUAUUUGUGAUAAGUUCAUGUUCAUAGAUUCUUUCAUGCAUCUGCCCAAAUCUUUAGAUACUCUUGUAACAAACCUUCAUGCAAAACCCGAAGGCUUUGAUGACAAGUUUGGUAUAAUGAUACAACAUUUUUCAAAAGAACGGGCUGUAAAACUCUCAAGGAAAGGUGUCUAUCCAUAUUCUUAUUUCAGUUCUUGGGAUAAAUUUAAGGAAACCAAAUUUCCCGAUAUUUCAGAGUUUUAUAACACCCUCACUUGUGAAGGGAUUUCACAAGAGGAUUAUGAUUUUGGUAAGUCAGUGUUUGAAACCGAAUGCACUGACCUGGGUUCGUACCACGACAUAUAUUUAACAACAGAUGUACUUCUGUUGGCAUGCGUUUUUGAAAGCUACAGGGAUAUGGCAAUUUCUAACUUUAAGCUUGACCCUUGUCACUAUUUUAGUCUCCCAGGCUUCAGCUGGGAUGCUGCUCUUCUGAGUACAAAAGUUAAGCUAGAACUUGUUACUGAUCAAGACAUGUACAAUACUAUAGAGUCUGGCAUUAGAGGAGGAGUAUCUAUGAUAUCUCAUAGAUAUUCUGAAGCUUACAACAAGUAUAUGGAAGAUUAUGAAGAAGGAGUCAAGGAAGACUCUUUUCUUCUUUAUAUUGAUAAAAACAACUUGUACGGUGAGGCGCUUCAGGAGCCUUUGCCUGUUUCUGAUUUUCAAUGGGAAAGUCAAGAGUUCAUUGAUAAUUUAAGUAUAGAUGAUAUUUUGGCAUGGGGUGAUGAGGAUGAAAUCGGUAGAAUUUUGGUUGUCAAUUUAGAAUAUCCCUGUGAGCUCCACCUGUUGAGCGAGCACAACGAAUAUUCACUAGCUCCGGAGAAAAUUACAAUUUCCAUGAAUCAACUCUCGCAGCAUCAGCGGGAGCUUUUAACUUCCUAUAACAUUAAAUAUUCAGAAAAGCAGAAAAAAUUAGUUCCUCAUUUAGGAUCUAGAAAAAUGUAUCCAGUGCAUUAUAGAAAUCUCAAAUAUUAUUUGGAGAAGGGAAUGGUAUUAACAAAGAUUCAUAAGAUAAUUAAAUUUGUUCAAAGGCCCUGGCUUAAAGAUUUUGUAAACCUUUGUUGUGAUUUACGACGAAAAGCUACAAACAAAUCUGAGCAAGACUUUUUCAAGCUAAUAGUUAACGCAAUUUUUGGACGUAGCAUGAUGCAUGUUAGGAAUCAGCAAAAUGUAUAUAUAGUUAAUAGUAUUGAAACAGCAAAAUAUUAUUCCAGGCUUUCGAACUUCAGAAAAUGUGAGAUUCUUUCUCCAAACUUGGUACUUGUUUUCAUGAGUAAACCUAGUAUUGUAUUGGAUAAGCCAAUAUAUACAGCGUUUUCGGUUUUAGAUCUCAGCAAGUUGUUCAUUAUGACAAGAUCAAAAAAUGGUAUGGAAUUAAAGCCAGGUUCCUUUUUACAGAUACGGACAGCUUAGCCUAUCAAAUUAAAACCGCUGAUCUUUAUGCUGAUUUAAGACUGGUGAAAAAUGAUUUUGACUUUAGUGAUUUUGACCACACUCAUCCACUUUAUUCUACAGAAAAUAAAAAAGUGAUUGGUAAAAUGAAGGACGAGAGUAACGGAAAAAUCAUGUAUAGUUUUGUGGGUGUUUCUCCAAAAAUGUAUUCCUUUGCAGGCAAGAAUAUAUAUAAGAUUGCUAUGAAAGGAGUCAAACAAUCUUUAGUACGAAAACAUGUAACUCAUAAAGCUUUUAUGGAGACUUUGUUUGAGCAAACAAAAUAUAUGUGCAGAAUGAAUUUGAUUCGUUCAAAGAA